GUGAGUGUCGAACGAGGAAGUGAGGAUACCUGAAGUGUGGCGAUCCUAAACUGUUAGGAAUGACUUUAAUACGAGUUUCAUAAUAAUAGCCGCCAUCUGAGGGGAUUUGUGGUCCAACAUGGUGACUACAGGAGUAUGCUGCGCCAGCCUCAAAGACAGCCGAGCCCUGAUGAAGAUGGGGCUGGCCCUGGUGCUAGUGGGCCAUGUCAACUUCCUCCUGGGAGCUCUGGUGCAUGGCGCCGUGCUCAGAGGCAUCAACAUCCUGGCUAGGACCCAGAUUUUGGUGUCUGCCAUCACCAACGUCAUUGCCAUGGUGGCAGGCUUAAUGGGAAUCAUCAGUGGGAUAACGGCCAUAGUCCUGUCUAAAAACAAGAAGAACAAGAUCCUGAUGUGGGUCCUGCUGGUCUUCAGCUUCCUGGCGGGUCUCUUGGGAGUUGCUUCUACUGUGGGCUUGUCCGUUUCCACGGUUCAAGUUUUCAGAUUCAAAGGAACAAAGCUUUUAAACACAUAUUGCUCUUUAGACGAAAGUACGGGUUCGUCAAGCGUCACGUACGAAUGUCCCUUUGACCCCACCCGUAUCUAUCCGACUAUAGCUAUCCUGUGGGUGCCGCUCAUUGUGAUGUCUGUGGUGGAAGUGGUGUUCACCUUUCGCUGCUUUGCUAUCAGCACCUCCUUCCUUUACCUGUGUCCAUGCAGGAAGAAGCCCAAGAAGCCAACACAAGCUAAGAAUGUGCGCUUCCAGAAAAGAAAUGAAAUCCCAACACCGCUUGCUGCUCGAGACCCAGAGACGGGAGCUGAAGGAGAGCCGUCGGAGAACGAGGACCUGAUGGACGGCAGCAGAGCAGAGCAGCGUGAUCAGUGGGUCUAACCCAAAUAGGUUGUAAACUCUGCUUAACCGGGUCAACUAGGUUAAAACCGUGGGUCUACACCAACAAGCAGUCACAUGUUAAUAUUUAUGCCUUUCAGUGGUGAAAUAGCUGCUUUAACGUAAUGGAAUGCUGUUACUCUCGUUUCAAAUGCUGGUUUGUUUUUUACACAUUUUAAAAAAUGUUUAACUGAUUUGUCAUUCAUCAAAUCUAAUGUUUUUAUACUAAUAAAAAUCAAAAAUUAUGA